GCAACGAUAGCUCUUUUUAUCCAUGGCGGUUAUUAAACGAGUACGGGUAUUACCAACCGUACUCUGAUUAAACCUACCUUCAAGGUCGUGACAGUUACUAGGUAUACCAAAGGCGGCUGAAGCUAGGCUCUGGUCUUUUCCCUCUCCAUCUUCCAUCUUAAUACCGACUGACAAUAAGUUCAUUCGGGUACAGAGACACACGGACUAUUUUCAUAUUCAAGGAUGAAGCGGGUUAUUGAGUUUACUCUCCACGUCAACGCAAUGAAGUUCCGUUCAAAGAUCGUCUACUUGAAUGAACAGGCCGAAAUCAAUCUUCAAGACGAAGCUACCCUCCCCCACCCAUUGUGGAAGGCCUUGCCACAGGAGAUUCGACUGAUGGUACUUAAGGAGCUUAAGCCGCUGGCCAACAAAAAACGGCAAAUGGCACAUUGGGCCAGUGUCUCGAAGGAAUGGCAAUACUUUUUGGAGCCUGAGAUAUUUGAUACUGUGAGGAUUUGCUCCCUCGGGUCUGAUAUUGAUCGCAUAGGACAGAUUGUAAGAGGCUACCGAGGUAAGCUCGCCAGUAAAAUCUCACUACAUGUAGGAAUGAUUGAGUACACCGGCGCGGAGUAUGCUCAGCCAGAGGAUAGCGACACGAUAACGGCAAAUAAUCUAGCCCUCGCAGAAGCAUUAACAGCUCUAUUUUCCAUACUUUCAAACUGAGGAAAGCCUACAUCGACACCUUAUAUUAGGCUUCAACUUAGUGCUGGCUCUGUUACCGACAACUAUCACCCUUAUAAGACCUUUCACGGACAUUUUCUCCGCCAACAGG